AUGGCUACCGUCAACAUUCGCCGCGAUGUCACCGACCCCUUCUACCGCUACAAGAUGGAGAAAAUCCAGUCCAAGAUUGAAGGCAAGGGUAACGGUAUCAAGACCGUCAUCGUCAACCUGAGCAGCGUGGCUCAGUCUCUCGCCCGUCCGCCCGCUCACGUCAUCAAGUACUUUGGCUUCGAACUCGGAGCCCAGACCAACACGAGCCCCAACGACGACCGUUGGAUCAUCAACGGCGCCCACGAUGCCAGCAAGCUCCAGGACUACCUCGAUGGCUUCAUCUCCAAGUUCGUCCUUUGCAAGAAGUGCAAGAACCCUGAGACUGAUGUCCACAUCAAGGAUGGCAACAUUACGCUCGACUGCAAGGCCUGCGGAAAGAUCUCCGACGUAGACCCCCGCUUGAAGCUUAGCUCCUUCAUCCUGAAGAAUGAACCCAAGAAGGGCAAGAAGGACAAGUCCAGCAAAAAGGCUGAGCGUCGUGCUCGCAAGGAGGCUGAAGCCCGUGGUGAGGCUACCUCCCCCGACGGCGGCAGCCCCGGUGACAGCGCCGAUGACAAUGGUGACGAUGACCUGGCACUCGAGGCCGGCAGCGACGACGAGCUUACCCGCCAGAUCAACGAGGGCGCCAAGGAGAUUGAAGAAGAGGAUGCCAAGGAAGUUGAGUGGUCCAUCGACACGUCCGAGGCAGCCAUUAGGGCUCGUGCCCAAGAUCUUCCCGACGACCUCAAGCGUGCCCUUGUCAUUGAGGAUGACGACGAGGGCGGCUCAAGCUACGAUGUCUUCGGAAAGUGGAUCAUCGACACUGGCGCGGACAAGGGCGGUGUUGAGAACCUUGACAACGUCGACAUCUAUAUCAAGGCCAAGGAACUUGGCAUUGAGGAGAAGCAUCGCACUCUCACUGUCAUUCCCCAGACCCUCUUCACCGAGAAGAUUGUCAAGCAGAUGGAUGGUCGCGCCCCCAUGCUCAAGAAGAUGAUCACGUCGGACAAGCACGAGAAGGCUUUCCUUGGCGGUAUCGAGCGCUUUGUCGGUAACGACAAGCCUGAGCUUAUUCCUCAGGUCUCUGCUAUUCUGCUCAAGGUGUACGAGAACGACCUUGUCUCGGAGGAUCAGCUCAAGGCUUGGUGCUCCAAGGCUAGCAAGAAGUAUGUCGACAUCAAGAUCAGCAAGUCUGUCCGCAAGUCGGCCGAGCAGUUCAAGGAAUGGCUUGAGAAUGAGGACAGCGAGGACGAGGACUCUGAAUAA